AUGUAUCUUUUAUUAAAUAUUAUACUACACACAAUUUUAUUACAAAGUUUACGACCUGUUCAGUCGUUACUUUUCGAGAAAGAUAUUAUUAAUGUAUUAAAAAAAAAUUCUGACUUAUCAGAUAUUGAACGAUUAGCCAAGCUACAAUUCACUGAAUUUCCAAGAUUAAUAAUAGGUAAAGAUUUGGGUACAAUAUAUUCCAAUGUUUCUCUAGGUACUCCUUCUCAAUUACAACGUUUAUCCAUUGAUAUAGCUCAACCUUAUGUUUGGGUACGCUCCGGCAGAAAUAGUACAGAAUGUGAUAAACCUGGAUCUUUCUGUGUUAAUUAUAGUGAAUACUAUGCAAAUGCGUCUAAUACUUCCCGUGUUUUAAAUAACAAUUAUAUUCAAAAUAUAUUUUUUGUUGACGGAAAUGCUAUUAGUGGAGCAACUUAUAGUGAUCGUAUUUUAUUCCCUAAUAUGACCUACGGAAAUGAUGAUAUUAACAUCCAUCGAAAUUCAACUCGAAAUUUUACAUUAAAUGCAACAAUUGAUACACAUAAUUUAUCAGUUUCUAAUAUUUCAUUCUUCGAUGCAUAUAACUAUUCUUCAUUAAGAUAUGGUGCUCUUGGUUUAGGUGGUGGAUUAGUUUCCACAAAUUUGGGUGUCACUGGACCCUCUGACCCAUUUUCUCUUUUAAAUGCUCUUUUAAAUUCUGGGGUUAUUCAAACAGCUUCUUAUUCAAUGUGGUUUGCUAAUGGAUCAUCAUACAUUGAUACAAAACAUUUCCCUUACGAAGAAAAAAAAUCAGAUUACGGGUUAAUAGUAUUUGGAGGUGUCGAUUCUUCGCUAAUUGACGGUACUUUUCAAUCAUUUACCAUGAUUCCAUAUGAAGACACUUCUGAUGGGUUAACUACUUCUGGUUAUCCCAUUUUACCAAUGGGACCAAUAUAUAUUAUUGCCAACUCUGGAAGAACUUUAAAUUUGACAACGUUAGACUUCCUAGAACCUGUGUUAUUGGAUUCAAGAAUUACAAAUAGUAGAUUACCUGCAAGCUUUAUCAUCCAAGUGGCUAUUCAAUUAGAAGCCAUGUAUUUAGAAUCAUUAGACAGAUGGGUUGUACCAUGCUCUCUUGCUGAUUAUAAUGUUAAUUUUGAUUUUUCAUUUGGUAGUGUAAGGAUUAGAGUUCCUUUGGAAGAUUUCUUAGUCCCCUCAGGACUUACUGGUGACAACAAGACUAUCCAUUUUAGCCAAAAUGAAGAUGCAUGUUAUUUGGCGAUGUAUCCAAAUACAGAUAUUGGGUUUAAUAUUCUAGGGACCCCAUUUUUAAAAAAUGCUGUUAUUGCGGUAGACCAUAGCUCAUCUCAGAUCGCCAUUGGGAAAGCAAUUUCAGGAAAAGAUAUAUAUUCAAACAACAUUAAUUCGUUAAUACCUAGCCUCAGCUCGUCAAUUAGCUCAGAUUCUACGCCAUCAACAGUUCAAGCAAUAGCAUCUGGUACAAUUCCAUUUGCUAUCACAAGGAAUAAUUCACAAUAUAAUUCAUUGACUAUGAGAGCAAGUAAAAUAGGAAGUGAGAUUCCAGUCUUUCCAGGAGAUUUCUGGGGGACUGUUGAUUCUAAUGGACUAGUAACUAUUGGUAGAUCCUUCUAUGAAACUAGACAAAGAUCAACUUCCACAAGCUCAUCAUCUUUAUUCGCUAAUCUUUCAUUUAAUUCUGCCUCACAAAAAACAGCAUCUGGUGCUGGAACAUCAUUAAAACCUAUGAAAUCAUUCUACCCUCAUAAAUCUACCCCAUGGGCUUGGAUAUCUAUUCUAAUGUGUUCCAUACUAUUUGCCAUUGUUAUUCUUUAG